UCAGUCCAUUGCCGCGAGGGAAAGCAAAUCGUGCCCGCGAAGCUUUUGCUCUGUGGCCAUUUUAAUGGACAAUUAAACCCGCCACCGCCUGCUCAAAAUUUCACAACGUCAGAUCUAACCACACCGAAUCCAUUCUAUUCAAUUACAUAAGGAUCUUCAAAAUUUGCAGGAUUUCUAUCCAUCUUGUUAGAAAAAUGAAGGGCGACCUGGAGUGUUGUCCGAAACUAGAAAAUGGCGAUGUCAAGUAUGUCUCUGGACUCAGUACUAUACUGGUAGCAACAAUCCAGGAGGCGAAAGAUAGGAUCUCUCAGAUAGAAUACAUAUUUUGCAACCAGCUUUACCCGAAUUUCCAAGCGAAAUCCAAGAGUUUGCAGAAGAUUUAUGCGGAUGCGGAAGGGGCGUGGAAAGAGAAGGAAAAAGAUCUCUUGGAGCAAAUUGAGAAACUUCGAGUUGAGAAGCAGGAAGUUGUUGAAGGAAACAAGGUUGAGAAGGAAAAGCCGAACGAGAAGGCAAAUGCGCUGCUUGCUGCUACGCUAAGAAAUCGAGAAUCUAGAAUUGAUGAGCUGGAACAGGAGGUUGUGAAGAAGUCUAAGGAAAUUGACGAGGGGAUGGAAUUACAGAAUAAGUUACUCCAAUUGGUUCAAACGAAGGCGGCUAUGAUAGUGGAUAAAGGAAGGGAAUUGAAAAGGAACGAAGGGAAGAGCAAUGAGCUGCUUGCUAAAGUGAAGAGCUUAGAGAAAAAUGUUGAAGAACUGCAAGAUGAGGUCAGGAAGAAGUCGGAGAAAGUAGCAGAGAAAACAGAGUUGGCAAACAAUUUGAGCAAGAGAGUUUUGUCUCUGUUGUCAAUGAUUGAGGAUAAUGAGAAGUUGAAGACUGAGAAUGAACAACACAUGCACAAAGUAGAAUGUCUGGAGAAGAAUCUUAGUGGACUUAAAAACAAGCUCAGGGAGAAAACGGAAGAAACUGAAGGGGGAAGAGUACUGCAAGCAGAAUUGCUUCAACAAAUUGAUAUGAACGCUGUAGAAAUCUUGAAGCAAAAAGAACAGCUAGACAUGUCCGAGAAUGAUAAAAGGGAGCUCUUGGAAAAAGUGAAUGGGUUAGAGGAGAAGGUCAAUGAGCUACAGGAAAAUCUAAGUAGCAGUGGUAAAGAGGCUGAAGGAAAGGUUUCGUACGAUAAACUUCUUCACAACAUUCAAUUGAAGGACUCUGAGUUAUUGGCCGAGAAGAGGAAGACGAGGGAUUUGCAUGGUCUUUACAUGAAGUUGAGGUCUCAAUACAACUACCUCUGCACAAAGUCUGGUCUUACUAUGAAGAAUACGCUCAAAGACAAACUAGAAGACGAAAGUGGUUCCUUCAAGCAUCAGCCGACAACUUCAUCUGACGGUGGAAACAAAAGUGUAGAUGCAUCUGCAGCAUUUUGUGAGACGAAAGAAGUCAAAACUGAAAAUGAAUCCAGCGAUCGCUUGGUGGACAAUAACGUUGUGAAAUCAAUUCCAAUCGCAAACUUCAAAUCUCCUACUUCUAUUUUUGUCGCACCAAAAUGUCCUCCCACUGUAAAAUCCGCUCAAAUAAUUGGCACAAAGAGACCUGCAUCUAGUUGGAUAGAUACUAGAUCUCAUCAAGGAAAAGAUGGUCCUGACCCUCAUGAUGAUUUCCUUGAUACCCCAUUGGAGAAACUCAGGGCAGACUUGGACAAAACCAUGGAGGAAGAAGUUCAGGAUCUCCACAUUGUACUUCAAAAUGAUAAAAACAUGGACCCUAGCAGUUCAGAUGAUGAAACGCAGGAUAUAAAUCUUGAUCGUAACCUACGAGAGCAGCAGAUGCCAGUAACAAUAGGUGGCAAAAGAGGUUUCAAGUAUGUUGAACCAGUUCGAAAGAAAGCUGAGCGGCAAAAUUUGAAAGGAGUUGAAUGCAAGCAGUGCAAAAAAUUCUAUGACGCAGUUCUCCCCAAUAAUGGAGGUGAUGGUAAUAAGCAGAAUGUCCGCUGUGAGCAUCAUGAUGGUGUUUCUAGGCAUCGAUACAAGUAUGUUCCUCCCAUGACUCCUGAGGGAUUUUGGAAUAUUGGAUUUGAAUCUGAAAUGUGAUCUUGAGCUUGAAAUGUCUUAACUGUUUAUUCCAUUAAUUUUAGUUUUAAACCAAUCUGGUAAAUAACUGAUAAAUGGAAGCCCGUAUCUUUGAGCAUCUGCAAGAUCAAUCCUCUUCCCCUGUUACCUGAUGUGUAUCAAAAGUAAAACUUAACAUUAGGUUCCUUUUCUUGUUUACCAUUGAGAGACCAUAUCAAUAUGGAAAUUUACUGUUCCUGAGCAGUUUUACAAA